UCAAUUAAUGAAAUCAUUCUCAUAUAGGAGUGUCCAGUCCGUAUAAAGUGAAGUGUUUCUGUUCCCUCGCUGUUAUUUCCUCGGUGAUGGAGAGCAACAGGUGCACCGGACAGCCGCACCGCGCGGCUCUGAUUCUGGCCCGCGGCGGCAGUAAAGGAAUCCCUCUGAAGAACAUCAAGAGUCUGGCCGGUGUUCCUCUCAUCGCGUGGGUUCUGAGAGCUGCCUUGGAUUCAGAAGUCGUUGACAGCGUGUGGGUUUCCACAGAUCAUGAUGAGAUCGAGCGCGUCGCAAGAGUCUGGGGCGCAAAAGUUCAUCGGCGCAGUCCUGAAGUUUCCAAAGACUCGUCCAGCUCACUGGAGACCAUCCAGGAGUUCAUCCGACUGAGACCCGGUGAGACACACCUGGAGGUGUUCCUCAUAUCCAACGUGAAUGAGCCACUGUCCAAGGGUCUCCUGGAGAAGGUUGCCCAGUUGACUGGCUGUGGACUCCAGUUUGGAGAGCAGCAGAAUGGGUUUGAGAUGGAGCAGCUGAUGAAGGAGAAGAAACUGUGUUGGGAUGAAGUGGCCUUCAUGGGUUCCGAGUCUGAAGACAGAGAGAUCUUGUCUCAGGUGGGGCUGAACGGCGUCCCGUGUGACUCAGUCGUGGCGGAUCUCAUCGCGGCGAAAUACACGUGUCAGAGACCCGCCGGAAACGGAGCAGUUCGUGAGUUUGCCGAGUACAUACUGAUGCUGAAGAAAAAGAGCUUGAUGCAGGUGCACCAGGAGCACAUUGACAGGGCCCAUUUCUAGAUUCCAGUUCCUAUUUCAUAUUUCUUUUAAACAGUCAGUUUGG